AUGGUCGUUAAACGAAGAUUCUUUGGUAGAAAUAAGAAAUCGGAAAAUAUACUACCUCAACUCGUCAAAACUUCACCCCCUCCAUCUCCCCUGAUUGAAAAUUCAUUAUUUGUCCCUGAUAAUGAUUAUGAAUCUGAUGAAGAUAAUGUGAAUGAAAAAGAAUCUGAAUUGAUUGUUGUUGAUCGUCCUGAUAUAAAAUCUCCUCCUACUGUUAGUAACAAAUCUAUACGACAAGAAUUAUUCGAAACUCAAUUAACUUCAAUCAUAGGUCAUGUUUCUUUAAAACAUUUACAUUAUUUAUAUAAGAAAUAUGAUAUUCCAAAUAAUCAAUCUCAUAGUUUAAAAUUGGCCAUUAAUGAAUAUCUUAAUGGAAUUUCUUCUAAUGAUAUGGAUGAAUUCUAUGCUAAAGAAGAUAUUAAAUCAGAAUCAACAACCAAUAAGUCAUCUGUGAAAAGAUCUUUCAAUCAAUUAUCUUUCCCAUCUCAAUCAAAACCUCAACCUGAAAUCAAACCAGAACCAAUCAUAUCGACCCCUACAACCACUAUCCAAGAACCAACUUGGAAACGAUUCAUUGGUUCAUUAGACGUUCAAGCAUGGGCUACGCGUCCCACUUUACGUCCUUUGAAUUAUCAACAAUCAUUACAAUUAAGAAGACUUGUACCUAAAAAUUCAUCUAUUUUAAAUAGUUCAAUCAUAAGGAUUUUCCAUAAUGAUCGUGAAAUUGGAAGAAUUCCUGAAGAUUUAACCAGAAUAUUAUCCCCUUUGAUUGAUUUUAAUUUCAUUUCAUUUGAAGUUAUCGUGUUGGAAUCGACAUUACGGAGAUUAUCUAUUGGUGAUUCAUUUUUAAUCCAUAUUAAUAUCUAUGUGAAUAAUAUCGCGUUUGAUUAUAAAGAUGAUGAUGUUGAUGUUAAGAAAUCUUUAGACUCAAUCUCACCUAUUCCUAAAAAAGCAAAGUUUAAUAAUUUUAAUUUCUCUACUGAAUCUAAAAAUGAAUCAAUAUUAAGAUUACGGCAGUUUGCCAUAUCGAAAUUGUUUGAUAAAUUGGGUAUAAGACCUCUUAAGACAUCACCUUCAUCAAUUGUGAAUGCGGAAUCCAUCGACACUGAAUUUGAAGACAGUAAUGACUUACCCGAUUCACAAACGAUCAAUCUCGAUUCAGAUGAUGAUGGAGAAGUAGUUGAAAUAGAAGAUGAUGAAAAUGAAACAACAGGAGUAGAUGAAGUUAAUCUCGAUCAAUUGAAACAAUUCUAUCAACAAAAUAAUGAAUCCAAUUUAUUAAAUAGUUUACCUGAUACGACAACUCCACCUCCGGAUAAUUUUAAAUUGGAUUUAAGACCAUAUCAAAAGAUAGGACUUUCAUGGAUGAUCUUACGAGAGGGAGAACCAUCUGUAUUAAAGAAAUUAUCAAAUGAUGCCUAUAAUGACGAUGAUAUUGGUAAUAGUCAAGAUAAUGAUGGGAUAAUGAAUCCACUUUGGCGGAAAUAUAAAUGGCCCGAAAAUAUUGAAGAUAAAUCAGGGAAUGAUAGUAGUGAACAGCAUAUACCUUAUUUUUAUGCCAAUUUGUAUAAUGGUGAAUUAUCGCUUGAGAAACCAAUCAUAAAAACAACCAAGACUGGAGGGAUCUUAGCUGAUGAAAUGGGAUUAGGAAAGACGAUCUCAACCUUAGCCUUAAUCAAUUCGAUUCCAUAUGAUUUAUCAAAUGAGUUUACGUCUCUGAUAACUUUAUCACAAGAUCUGUCGUUCAAUGUGAAUAAACCAUAUGCAUCCAAGACCACGUUAAUCAUCGUUCCUAUGUCAUUAUUAACUCAAUGGAAGAAUGAAUUCGAUAAGGCCAAUAAUAACCCCAAUCAUUAUUGUCAGAUUUAUUACGGUAAUAAUAACAACAAUCUAAUCCAUACAUUAAUUCAUCAUUCGCCUAAUAAGAUCCCGGUUGUGAUUUUAACUACUUAUGGAACGAUUCAAAAUGAAUAUAUAAAAUUGAAGAAUACAAAACUGUCACAGAAUGUAUAUGAUUCUAAAACGGGGAUUUAUGCGGUUAAUUACUUUAGGAUAAUCUUAGAUGAAGGGCAUAAUAUUCGGAAUAGAAAUACCAAGACUGCCAAAUCUAUCUAUGAGCUUUAUUCGAAGAAGAAAUGGAUUUUAACGGGGACGCCAAUCAUCAAUAAAUUAGAUGAUUUAUAUUCAUUAAUCAAGUUUUUAAAAUUAGAACCAUGGUCGAAUUUCUCAUAUUGGAAAACAUUCAUUACGCUCCCGUUUGAACAGAAACAAUUCAGUCAAGCGUUGGAUAUUAUUAAAUCAAUCUUAGAUCCGAUAUUGUUGAGAAGAACUAAGGAUAUGAAACAAGCUGAUGGGAAACCAUUGAUUGAAUUACCAGAGAAGGAGAUUGUAAUUGAACAGAUUAAAUUCAAUCAAACUGAAUUGAAAUUAUAUAAUUGGUUAAAAAGUAGAGCUAACAAAACGUUUAAAGAAGGGUUGAAAACCGGACAGAUUUUAAGACAGUAUACUCAAAUUUUAACUCAUAUUUUACGAUUAAGGCAAGUUUGUUGUCAUAUGGAUUUAGUGGGUGGACCGAGUGAAAUGGAUGAAGAAGAACAACAACAAAAGGAUCAAGAGAAGUCGUCAUUGUUUGUAGAUGAUGAUGAUGAAAGUGAUACAAAGACAUUCUUAUCAGGAGUUAAACAAAGUCAAGAAUUACAACAAAAAGCGGAUUACUUCGCCAAUGAUACCGAAGUUAGAGAAACCAUGUAUAAAUUAUACUCCAAAGUUGAUUUAAUCGAUUCAGAAUGUUCAAUAUGUACCACGAGUCCUAUAUCACUUGGAGAAUUGGUGGUUACACCAUGUGGACAUUCAUUCUGUGUAACAUGUUUAAUGGAACAUAUUGAAUUCCAAACCACAAAUCCAGUGAAUACCAAUGGUCAUGAUAGUUUAUGUCCCAAUUGUCGAUUUUCAAUUUCGAAAUAUAAAUUAUUCCGAUUAAGAAAUAAUAAAACUGUUACUUCUAAGGAUAUAAAAUUCCAUACUCGAGCUCAAACCGAACAAGAUGGGAAUGAUCCAAGUAAAGAUUAUACUUUCCAAUUAUACUUGUAUAAUCCUGAUAAAGUAUCAUCUAAAAUCCAAGCGUUAUUCAAUCAUCUUAAAUUCUUAAAGGAGCAAAGUCCCCAGGAGAAAGUGAUUGUAUUCAGUCAAUUCCUGUCGUAUUUAGAUAUCAUUGAAAGUGAAUUAAAAUUACAACUUGGAGAAUUUGAAUUCCGGAUAUUGAAAUUCGAUGGAAGAUUACUGAUGCAAGAUCGGGAAAAAGUAUUAAUUAAAUUCAAUGAACCUAGUUUGAAUAAAUUCACGGUAUUAUUAUUAAGUUUGAAAUCAGGUGGGGUAGGGUUGAAUUUGACUCAAGCUUCACGGGCAUAUAUGAUGGAUCCAUGGUGGUCACCAAGUAUUGAAGAUCAAGCUAUUGAUCGAAUUCAUAGAAUUGGGCAAAAUAAUACCGUUAAAGUGGUUCGAUUUAUUAUGGAGAAUAGUAUUGAGAUUAAAAUGUUAAAGAUUCAAGAGCGGAAAAAACAAAUUGGAGAAGCUGUUGGAGUUGAAGAAGAAGAAAGAAGAAAAAGAAGAAUUGAAGAGAUUAAGAUCCUUUUCGAAGAGUAG